CACAAGGCAAUGUGUUUGCUUUGGUAUUCGCGCAAUUGGCUGCCUAAAAUGCCAUUUAUGAGCGAUCUGGCAAUUGCAUUGCCCUCACUUUAGAUUGCACUUGAUCAUUUCAUUGCAGCUUGCCUCACCGAUGCCACCGUACAGUCUCACAUUAUCCGGGCCCCUUUGCACACCAGGACAUGUAGCGUGACCAGGGGCGCGAUGGCAAAGGGAGCUAGUAAUGUCGAGUUUCGCUGCCAGCAAGUGCUGGAAGGCCACAGCAAGGCGGUCGCCAGCGUCAAGUUCGCGCCAUCUGGCCUUCUCCUGGCGACGGCCUCCGCCGAUAAGACUGUUUGCCUAUGGGAUGUCGCUACGGGAUCUCGUAUGUCGACCCUGACCGGGCAUAUUAGCGGCAUCUCUGAUGUCGCCUGGAACCCCAACCAGCGCUACCUGGCUACUGCCGCUGACGACAACACCCUCAAACUGUGGGAUGUGGAGACCGGCACCUGUCUGCGCACUCUGACUGGCCACACAAAUUACGUCUUCUGCUGCAACUUUGAUACGCCGGGGCACCUGCUUGCCAGCGGCAGCUUCGACGAAACGCUCCGGCUGUGGGACGUGCGCACGGGGAAGUGCCUACGCGAGGUGCCCGCGCAUUCCGACCCGCUGACCGCCGUACACUUUGCGUACGACGGCACCAUGAUUGUGAGCAGCAGCCUGGACGGCCUCAUCCGGUUGUGGGACACGCAGACAGGGCACUGCCUGAAAACCCUGUUUGACCGGGAAAGUCCACCCGUCUCCUUCGCCAUGUUCAGCCCCAAUGCGAAGUAUGUGCUGUGCAAUACAUUGGACAGCCGUGCGCGUAUUUGGGACUACGAGCGCGGCCGUACCGUCAAGACGUACGAAGGCGGUCACGUCAACAAACAGUUUUGCGUCACGUCGGGAUUCUGCACCACCGAUCUAGGCCACUGGGUUGUUACCGGCUCUGAGGACUGCUCGGUCUGCGUUGCGGCCGGUGGCGGUGCGGCUGGCAAUGGACACACGGCGCCGGUGCUCGCCGUGAAUGUUCACCCACGGAUGCCGAUUAUCGCUUCAGGAGGCCACAGCCCGGACAACUCAGUGCGGCUGUGGGUGGCAUCACAGGCGGCGGCCGCGUAG